AUGCCUCCACAACUACUUCCGGCUUCCGCCGCCGCAUUUGCCCCGAGGGCCUCUUCCGUCAAUGUCGUCCUAGGCAAUAAGGUGGAGCCUUGGUUGACACAGACUCUCAAGCGCAUCAACCGGGUAAAGCGUCCUCUUAACAGUGUGCCGCAGCACCAUCGAUGCCUGACCGAGACGCUCUCGUCGGAGAACGCCAUCUGGACGCUCGCCUCUCUGAUGGUCACCAAGGCGCCCGAGUCAGAGCUUCGCCAGGAUCCCAACCCGCUCGUCGAGGCUGUCUUCAACUACCAGCUCGUCACUAUUGAGGCUUACAUCGUCCAUGUCGAUAUGGUCCUGAGGAACGAGGUUGCCUAUAAGCUGACGCCCGACACCAUCGAGGCCCUGAUUGACUACCACAAGGACAUUCACUGUGUCGAUGCCAGGGCGAAUACCGAGUACUGGACCAACAAGGAGCAGCAGUGCAAGAAGCUGCACAACGACUUCAUCCAGGCCGUUAACAAGUACGUGUACCGCACCCAUGUAACUGCCCUGGAAGGCCUUGAGGAAGACGGUGCCGGUGAGUUGUUGUGCGGAAAGAGCGAGGAAGUCAAGGCCAACAUCCUGAGCCUUUUCAAGCCGCUGCUCCCACCGCCACCAAAACCGGUCGGCGUCUUCCGUCAACCACCGCUGCUGCCCAGCAACUCAACACCCAAUAUGAACAACUUCUGGGCACAUCAGUCUCUGGGAGCAGUUGCGAGCUCGCCGGACUUCAUGGCCGCCAUCGCUGCCACUGCAGCUUCGGUGGUGACUGGGAUCCCGGCUCCCGUCGAUUCCUGGCGAGUGCUCCCCUCUAGCCCAAGCGUUGCCGUAACCUCCUGCGACCCGAAUGCCUCUUCGCUGUGGGCCUCCAUGGGCAUGCAUGAGCUUCAGCACACGCCCUCUCCCGCUUACAGCCAGCCGUACUCGACAGCCGCCCUCUUCUACGGCGGCUCGCAGCUCGUUUCUGCUCCCCUGCCCCAGCUCCCCCUGCCGAGCAUGCUGGCUCCGCAAUGCGGUGUCAGCGUCGGCUACAAUAACUUUGGCUGGGACCGCUACCACGAGUACACGCCUACGAUGUGA